UGUGUCGUUAUUGUUGUGACGUCCUUAACAACAUCAACAUUCAGCCAUUGUUUGGCAAUAGAGAAAGACGUCUUUUACAGCGCUCAUUGAAAAAUGGAAGAUUUGCAGAUAUUAAUAGACGCGGCGUACCAAGAGUUGUCCCAGCAAUGCUUCAGUACUGCUCCUAUCACUUCUGAACUUUCAAAGGUCACUUCUUCUGACCUUGUGCCAGUUUCUUCCUCUGAGAAUGACCUCGAUUCUGCUCUUGGCCUUCUUGCAAGAACUUGCAUCCAGCAAGUAGAGCUCUUAGAAUCCUUGAAGUCAAGCACAAAUGUUAAUACCCUAUCACUGGCAGCAUACUCGUCGGUUUCUAUCGGCGAUACUUUGGCUUCUGUACUGGCACCUGUCGCCGACAAUGAAUGCCGACCAGUCGCCGUUAAGCCGACGAACACCCGACGUGCACGGUCACUGGAGCUAGGCGAGGGCGACACCGGGGUGUACAAGCGGAAGAGGAAGGAGGCUGGCUUGUCUGAGCGCACGGGACGGAGAGAAUAUAAACGACCUCGACAAGCUGAGUCGAAGGAGCUUCAAGCCUUGUGCAGGUUGCUUCCGGUAAAGCGUAUUCAUGAUUUCCCGGUAUCAGAUGCAGAAAGUCCAAAAAAGCGCCGUCGGAGUCGGUCGUCGAGUAGGUGCGGAAGCAGCGACAUCGAGUCUGAAAAAUUUAACGAUAGCUUUUGUGCUGACAAGACUGACAGGGAGAUCGACAUCCAGUAUCAGGGGAACCCCUGUCACUCCAGCUGCCCAUGCAGGCCGUCAUACAAGGCACUGGAAGUCUUGGAGAUUCCAAGACGCAGAAGAAAGCGUGUCAGCGUGCCUCUAUACAAUAAGUUCCUGCAGUAUCGUCUGCUUAAAGUCACCGACACGUGCGUCUCCAACUGCUGUCAGUUUCGGUGCUUCCAGAGGUGGAUUCAGUAUGGGACGAAAUCUAUCCGAAUGAUCUUCAGAGACUAUUAUUAGACGUUUGGCGUUGUCUGUUUUUAUUUGUGUGUUUAUAUUCAUGCUUUUUUUUGUACUUUUACGAUUAUUUUAUUGUUAUUUUUUUUACCGAGUUGUUACGUUUUAUAUACACUAUUUAAAUCAAUAUAGCUCCCUUAUUUUAGAA